AUGUAUCAGUUCCACGUCGCUGUAUAUGAGAUUGUGGAUGAUCCUUCAUUGGAUUCAACAAUCUCAUGGAGCAAAAGCAACAAGAGUUUUAUCAUCUGGAGUCCUAAAGAGCUAUUCACGAAAAAGAUUCUUAAGAGAUUCUUUUGCUGCAAUCUGUCACAGUUUAUCACCGAACUUGACACAUACGGAUUUGUAAGAAUUGAGGGGUCCGACGAGCAAUUGGAAUUCGGACAUAAGCACUACUUUGUGAGAGGUAAACCUGAGCUUUUGACCAAGAUGCGUCUCCAAGCUGCGAUGAAUAGGAUGAAGAAAAGUGCCCAGAAAGCCAAAGCUAGAGCUGAAGCAGAGAAGAACGGCUCUAUGACUUUGAGACGUGAACCUCGGAUUAUAAUACAUGCCGACGAUGCAAGGAUGAAGUACAAGCAAAUAUUUGAAUCAUCAUCAACGAUAGCUAAAACGCCACUAGAGAAUCGCUUCCGACAUCUACGAAUUUGAUCACUUGUUCCUGUUGCUCUCUUGGGGUUACAAUGCAUGUUUUGCUUAACCUAUAUUUUAAUCUAUAUUGCUAUUUGUAUCAAACCUUGUCCCGUUACUUUGUGUAAUAUUUAAA